AUUGUCAGCUGACUGUAGUCAGAGAAGACUUUCCAGAGUUUGUCGACAGAGUUUUUAGAGACGGCAAAUGUAAUUAUUUAACGCCGGGAACUGGUCAGGAAAUAUAUAAGCAUAAUGGUGUCUUGUGUGUGUUGUGGUCCAAAGCUUGCAGCUUGCGGAAUUGUAUUAAGUAUUUGGGGAGUCAUAAUGCUGUCAAUGCUGGGGAUUUUCUUCUCAACUCACUCGGCAGUGUUAAUAGAGGAUGUACCUAUCCGUGAGGAAGAUAUGCACAACGAGCAGAAUCCCCUGCAAACUGUUUACGCUUUGUUUGACCAAGUGGGCUACAACUGCUUCAUCGCAGCAGGCAUGUAUGUCGUCGUGGGUCUCCUGUCUUUUUGCCAGAUCCGGAUGAACAAGCGGAGGGAGUACUUGGUGCACUAACACUCCUAGCGGCCACAGAAUCCACCCCACCGGCCGUCACGGAUUUGACCUCACAGAAAUACUUUAGUCUGUAAAUAUCAUUGCAUUCUCAUUUGUUUUUGUCACGUUGCCCGACACUCUUACAGCAUUUGGUGAUGGGUUUCUCAUUUUUGGAAGAGUUGGCUUUACACACAGAGUGAGCUGCUCAUUUGGAAAUGUGCCUUUUAAUAGUGCCUUACUGUACUGAAAUGCCUCAUCACUGGACCAGACACUUGUAACUAUUCUUGCCUUGACAAACUGGUUUAUUACAUGUAUGCCAUGUAAUAAAAUAAAAGUAAAAACUCUUA